AUGGCAGAAUCUAAAUCUAAAAAACAUGGAUUUAAAAAAUGUCGGAGUGCCACGUUCAGCAUUGAUGGCUUCAGCUUUACAAUUGUUGCAAAUGAGGCAGGGGACAACAACCAGCGCCCACUACCCCUCUUUUCACGCUCACGGUCCCAGAAUGCACUGUGCACCGAAGUCACAGCGCGAACAGGCGUCACUGACUCCAAAGAAAUUCUGAUCGACCCACGCAGUGCUGAUGAGAUCCUGGCUGAUGAACUGCCAAUCCUUGAUGCACCAGACAGCAUUGAGAAGACUGCUAUAAGGUUACGAUGUCUUGUUAAACAGCUGGAGAAGGGAGAAGCAUCUGUGGUGGAGCUGAAGAAAAACCUGGAGUUUGCCGCCUGUCUCCUUGAAUCUCUCUGUUCUGAGGAAAACAGACAACUGGGGCACCAAGAUGAUGAGCUGAGUGAUAUCCAGUCAGACUCUGUACCACUGGAGGUUCGUGACUGGUUGGCCUCCACUUUUACACGGCAGAGAACCCUGUUGCUGCACCACAGUGAAGACAAACCACACUUCCGCAGCAUCGUCCGUGCAGUACAGGCUGGGAUCUUUGUGGAGAGGAUGUUCAGACGAACCUCCAACAUGACUGGUCUCAGUUAUUCCCUAAAUGUCAUCACUAUGCUUAAGCAUGUAGAUAUGUGGUCGUUUGAUGUGUUUGCACUGAAUGAUGCCAGCGGAAACCAUGCUCUGAAAAUUGUCUUCUUUGAGCUGCUCAACAGAUAUAACCUGAUUAAUCGUUUUAAGAUUCCUACCUCUGCACUCACAUCAUUUGUGGAGUCACUGGAAAUGGGAUACAGCAAAUACAAAAACCCUUACCACAACCUGAUACAUGCUGCUGAUGUUACACAAACGGUCCAUUACCUGCUCAUUAAGAGUGGAAUAAUGCACUGGCUAACUGAGCUGGAGAUCUUUGCCAUUAUUUUUGCAGCUGCCAUCCAUGACUAUGAGCACACAGGGACUACUAAUAACUUCCAUAUUCAGACCAGGUCAGACACGGCACUAUUUUACAAUGACCGAGCUGUUUUGGAGAACCAUCACGUCAGCGCUGUCUAUCGCCUUCUACAUGAUAAUGAGGAAAUGAAUAUUCUCUCUAAUCUUUCAAAGGAAGAGUGGAGAGAACUGCGGGCCUUAGUAGUGGAUAUGGUAUUGGCCACUGACAUGUCCUGCCACUUUCAGCAGAUCAAAGCCAUGAAAAGCCUCCUGCAGCAGUCUGAGGCGAUUGACAAACCAAAGGCUUUAUCAUUGCUGCUGCACACUGCUGACAUCAGCCACCCUGCCAAAUGCUGGGACCUCCAUCAUCGCUGGACAACAUCCCUGCUUGAGGAAUUCUUCAGACAGGGAGAUAGGGAAGCAGAGCUGGGUCUACCUUUCUCCCCUCUUUGUGACCGCAAAUCCACCAUGGUGGCCCAGUCCCAAAUAGGAUUCAUUGAUUUCAUUGUGGAGCCGACAUUCACUGUGUUGACAGAAAUGAUCGAAAAUAUUGUGACACCACUUAUCGAGGAGACCUCUCGCUCUGAAUUGCCUGUCUUCAGACAGUACAGUUUCAACAGUAUUGGAAGUGACAGAAAGCAGUCCAGCAUGAAAAGUACACGCUCAGAAGGCAGCUGCUCUCUGACCACAGUGGACUUCAAAGGUUUCAGGGGUACAUGGAAUCAAAAAAUUCAUCAAAACAAGGAGACAUGGAGGGCCCAAGCAGGAAAAGGUAGCUAG